UGAUUGGCCCUUGGUACAAGGAAGCAAACAGUUGAUUGGUUCAUUGUAAAAAACCCGGCAGAAGACAAGAGUGGACGAACAAAAAUAACACAGGAGCCGCUGGAAUAGCAACUGUUUAUUUGCCAGGAGCCCAGUGAUAAAGGAACCAUGGUCGAUCCAAUGGAGAAUGGCUUGUUUGACAUUCCUGACUAUGACAACACAGAUGACGAGACCUUUCCUCCUCUCCCCCCUCCCUUCUCACCAGGAGAGGGAGGAGAUCCUUUUACAGGGGAGGAGGGAGGAGAGAUCUCCAAGCUGGCCGAAGUCCCUGUUGCCAAGAGGAGAGGCGUCAAGAGACCACAGCCGAAACUGGACUCUCAGAGGCUGACAUCAGAAAGAGGACUUCCGGCUCUUCGCAGCCUGUUUGACAACGUUCAUUUCAAAGGCAAAGGACACGAGGCUGAGGACUUGCGGGUGCUGAUGCAGAGGAUGGAGAACUGGGCUCACAGGCUGUACCCCAAACUACCGUUUGAAGACUUCAUAGACAAACUGGAGACGCUGGGCAGCAAGAAAGAAGUCCAGACGUGUCUCAAGAGAAUACGGUUGGACAUGCCGCUAACACAUGAAGACUUCAUAGGAGACGACGGUGAGGACGACACCGCGGCGUCGAGAGACGGGCGUGUCGUCAACCAUGACGACCCAGACCCGUUUGGAGACGGAGGUUUCGCUGAAGACCCCCCAGGACGGGUCCCCUCUACCCCAGCCCCAGCCCUGUUCCCUUCCUCUCAGGCUGGCCCGGUCCACUCCACCCCAGCCCCCUCCCUGUUCCCUUCCUCUCAGGCUGGCCCGGUCCACUCCACCCCAGCCCCCUCCCUGUUCCCUUCCUCUCAGGCUGGCCCGGUCCACUCCACCCCAGCCCCCUCCCUGACAGAGGAACAGCAGAGACGUAUAGAACUCAACAAACGGCUUGCCUUGGAGAGGAGACUGGCCCGCAUGCAGCAACACACAGGUCAGACACGACAUCACACUCAGAGAGGAGACUGGCCCGCAUGCAGCAACACACAGGUCAGACACGACAUCACACUCAGAGAGGAGACUGGCCCUCAUGCAGCAACACACAGGUCA